AUGAUAAGUGACGGGUUCCUAGCUGCAUUUCUGGGAAUAAACUUAGUGGUGAUAUCCACCGUUUUGGGCCUCACGGGGAUCGUGUUCAACAUCAUCAACAUCACCGUUUUCGCCAGCCUCGGCUUCUCGGACACCACCAACAUCUCGCUUCUAGGCCUCGCUGUCGCAGACCUCGGUGUCUUGGUUACCGUGAUCGGCUACAGCGUCACCUACAACCCGCUGACGGUGCAGGUCACUCCCUUUGAAACCAUCGACGCCGUCAACUACGUCGUCCUGGGCACCCCCCACGUCUUGUUUUGUAGAAUAGCCGGGUGUUUAACGGCUUUCAUAACGUUCGAGAGGUUCAUGUGUGUAGCGUUCCCGCUUCACGUCAAAUCGAUCGUCACGCCCAAAAGGACGACUUUAGUUGUGCUCAGCAUCUACAUCAUCCUUGUUGCCUGCACGCUGCCCCAGUUUCUAGCCAAUCAGAUUGCCCCGAGGUUCAACCCACAAUCGAACGUCACGGUGAUUGGGAUAGUGCUAUCCCCGAACGCUGACCAGCUGGAGAAUUUCACGCUGACCGUCGACAUCGUCGCCCAAGUUGCGUCAUUUGUCGUCGUCGUGGCGUCCACCCUUGGUUUGGUGAGGUCGCUCGUCACCAUAGCGAAAUGGAGGAGUUGCACAUCAUCCUCUUCCCAGUCUCUCCAAGUCUCCGGUCGUGACAAGCAACUGGUCAAGAUGGUGCUCCUGAUAUCGGUCGUCUUCAUCUGCUGCUCGCUGCCCACGGUGGUCGGCAACUUGGUGAUGAUAUUCGUCAAAGACUUUAACACUAAGGGAAGGAACAAGAAUUUAUUCAUUUUUGUCUGCGUCAUAUUCUUCAUCUUGGACGCCAUCAACUCUACCAUUAACAUCUUCAUCUACUUGAGGAUGAGUUCAAAGUUCAGAGAAAAGUUCUGGUCAAUUUUUCAGUUGAGGUCCGAGGAUAAGAGAAAAGGUCGUUUAAAGUAG